UCCCUCUGCUGUGGAAAAGCUGGAAAGCGGGAGGGUUGGAGACGCUUUGGUUCAUAAUUGAUGUUUUCCCAUGGAGGAGGAGCCCGCGUCGUCCAUGAAGGGGAGACUACCCGUAAGGUGGGAGAAAUCCUUUUUUUUUUUUUCAGAUUGUUUUUUCCUUUUUUUCAGUGGGAUAACAUCAGGAGGGUUAGGCGAGCCAAUUAAGUCCCACCCCUGCUAUAGAUCGUUGCUAUAAUACAAAGCAGUAAAAGCGCCCGGCUCACACAAGCGGCUGCAGUUUUAACCAGAGAUCCCGUGGCUUUUAAUUCUCUCGCUACUUUUCUUUUUUUUUUAUCCUCUUUCGAUGUGCCCCGUUAUUACCAUCAGUCUGAGGCGCUCAUUCCCGCACCUGCCGCGGUAAGAGACCAAGAGACGCAGGCGGAAAAAGAAGGAGAAGAGAGGAGACAAGGACAUCGGCGGCUGAGACAAGACAGCAGCAGCAGCAGCAGCGGUGAUUCGUUUUUUUUCUUUUCUUUUCUUUUUUUUUUUUUAGAUCUUUUUUUAUUUUUUUUAUUUUGAACAUGCAUCAGCGCUGGACCAGAAUCGCUUCUGUCGCUCUCAUCUGCUUGUCCUUGGUGUCCUCCGCGGUGGGAUGCGGACCGGGCAGGGGCUACGGCAGGAGGAGACACCCCAAGAAACUGACACCUCUGGCGUACAAGCAGUUCAUCCCCAACGUGGCGGAGAAGACCCUGGGGGCGAGCGGCAGAUACGAGGGCAAGAUCACACGGAACUCCGAGCGCUUUAAAGAGCUCACUCCCAAUUAUAACACAGACAUCAUCUUCAAGGAUGAGGAGAACACAGGAGCCGACAGGAUGAUGACUCAGAGGUGCAAAGACAAGCUGAACUCGCUGGCCAUCUCCGUGAUGAACCAGUGGCCCGGGGUGAAGCUCCGGGUCACGGAGGGCUGGGACGAGGACGGGCACCACUUUGACGAGUCCCUGCACUACGAGGGCAGGGCCGUUGACAUCACCACCUCGGAUAGAGACAAGAGCAAAUACGGCACCCUGUCCAGGCUUGCCGUGGAAGCCGGAUUCGACUGGGUCUACUAUGAGUCGAAGGCUCACAUCCACUGCUCUGUUAAAGCAGAAAACUCAGUGGCAGCCAAGUCGGGCGGCUGCUUCCCGGGCUCCUCCACUGUCACCCUGCUGGACGGCAGCGAGAAGGCGGUCAGAGACCUCCGGACGGGCGACAAGGUCCUGGCGGCGGACGGCGACGGGAACCCGGUCUACACCGACUUCAUCAUGUUCCUGGACCGAGACUCCGCCACCAGGAGGACCUUCUACGUGAUCGAGACCGAGGCGGGCCAGAAGAUCACCCUCACCGCCGCGCACCUCCUCUUCGUCAGCCGCGGCAACUCCACGCGCUCGGCGGUGUUCGCCGGCGACGUGCGACCCGGACACAAGGUGUUCGUCUACGACGGGGAGCCGCGUCCGCUCGUGGCCGUGAGCGUGAAACGGAUUUACACGCAGCAGCACCAGGGCUCCUACGCGCCCGUCACGGCGCAGGGGACCGUGGUGGUGGACCAGGUCCUGGCGUCCUGUUACGCGGUGAUCGAGGACCACCAGCUGGCGCACUGGGCCCUGGCGCCCGUGCGGAUCGCCCACUGGGUGUCCACGUCGCUGUUCAGCUCCGGGCCUCGGGUCAGCACGCACAGCGAGGGGGUGCACUGGUACUCCAAACUGCUGUACCAGCUGGGGACGUGGCUCUUGGACGACCACUCGAUGCACCCACUGGGGAUGUCAGCAUACCCAAGCUGAAAACUUCCCCCCCUCCUCCUCCCCAACCCGCAGGAACAGAACCAGACUCAAGUAGGACCCUCGAACUAUCUAGUAGAACGACAUAUUAAAUAAUAAUAAUGAUCUUAAAAGAAAAAGAGAGAGAGAGAGAGAGAGAGAAAAACGAACAAAGAGACGACAGAGGCCCCAGCGAAGUUGGGAUAUUUAUUUCAGUGACUUUUCCAAGAUGCGUCCCCUUUCAAAGAAUGAACGGAGCCUUAAAAAAAAAAAAAUCCUCUUUGAAUAAUUUAUUCUCAUGUGAACUCUGCUGCUGCUGUCACAGGAAUGGAUUGUGAAACGAUGCGAGCAGCAAAUUGUGCAUAAUCUAUUUUUGUAUAUCGCAACUGCAAAAAAAAAAGAAAAAGAAAAAAAACAUUAAAAAAGGAGAAAAACAACAAAAAAAAAGAGACAAAAAUUAAUAAUAAAAAAAAAACUGGACAGAGAAGAAGAUCACUACACAUGUGCGACUGACUGUUAUAUUUUGGGGGUACAGAACAAACUUCGCGGGGUUCCAUAAAUUAUAUUUUUAUACACAGAAAUGUAAAUUAGAUUUGCUGCCGAAUCACAUUUCGUUUUUUGAAAUAGUGUAAGAUAUGAGAAUAUAUUUUAAUUUAAAAAAAAAACUACAGUAGCUUGGAAAGUAUUGGAAAUCUUGUACUGCUAUUUGUUUUUCUUUUAUAAUUUUUGGUGUCAUGUCUGCAUUUUCUGCUUUUUUGUGUGCGUGUGUUAGUUUCAAUUUUUUGUUUUCUUCAGAUGAAAAGAAAAUGUCAAUGGAAAAAAAAUGCAGAUUUUGACAGUUCAGUGACAGUUAAAGUAGUACUGAAACAGCUUCGUUAAAUAAAUUAAUAAGUAACUCCUGUAAAUGUACUAAAAUGUUAUUAUUAUUUUUUCCUUUUCAUAUUUUGUAAUAGGGACAUAGUUUUCUAUAUAUAGAAAAUGACCUGCGGCAGAUGCACAUGUCUGGAUAGUCUCUACCAUACCAGUUAACUUUCAUAACAGGGCGAUGUGUCAAAAAAUGUCUAGAGUUUAUUAUUUAUAUGUUUAUUACGAAAUGAGAUAAAGCAAAUCUUCAAACUUGCA